AUGAAUAUCAACAAUGGAGUUCCAAAUGGUAAUAACAUGGCCGGUGUUACUUCAUGGCAUGGAAUGUACACAGGAGAAGAGAGACAAAGAGUUGUACAGAUUAUAAUGGAUACCUUGACCGACCUUCAUGGAAGUAACCCAAAUUUUGAUUUUCAAAGGUUGAGUAAAAUGGCGCAAGACUUUGAAAAAAUUGUGUAUGAAAAAUCUCCAUCGCGAGAUGAUUACUUGAAAGCAAUUAAGCUGAAAGUAAAUCAGUUGAGGUUGCAGAAGCAACAGGUAAGUGGCCAAUCGAUCCCGCCCAACAAUCAAGUGAACCAGCAGCAGCAACAACAACAACGGACCCAACAGAUGCAGGCACGCAAUUCACUAAACUCCAAUCCCAAUUCAAAUAUGAGCCCUGUGAAUGCACAAAAUAUGCAGUUUUUGCAACAGCAGGCGCAAGCUCGUAGCCAGUCACAAGCCCAGAUUCAGGCACGACAACAACAACUUCGACAAAUGGUUAAUAAUCAACAGGGUCAGGGAAUGCAAUCUGCGCGACAAAUGGGAGCUCAACCAACACCACAGCAACAGCAAGCUCUGGCAGCUCAACCGCCGACAAACUUUGCACAGAGGCCAGGAACAAACCCUAACGGACCAACUGGCACGGAUCAGCAAGUGCCCCCUCAACUUCUUCAACUUAUCAGGUCGUCACCUAUUCCUCCACCUUUGCUUAGUAAAAUUCCUAAUUUACCUAAAGGUGUAACGACCUGGAACCAGAUAUUUGAUUGCAUCAAAAGAAAAGUCAUUUCGCAGGAUAUCUUACCAUUGGUGAGAGAUAUCCAUUCCACCCACAUGCAAUUGGUUAUGCGUCAACAGCAACAAAAGAUGAACGUUCGGAGUGAGGGAAAUGCGUCAGGAAACAACGCAAACCCAAUUGGUGAUGAUGAGUUGAAAUUAAAUCAAACAAACUCUUCCAUUGGCAAUGUUAAUCUUAAUAAUCUUACACCUCAACAGCGGCAACAAAUCUUUCAAAGACAGCGUGAGGCGCAGCAACGUCAAGUGGCACUGGGCGCAAGUCAAAAUGGACCAGGGUUGAAUCAAAAUUUCAAUCAACAAGGUCUCCCCCAGCAGCAAGCACCUCAGCAGCAGGCAGCACCACCUAUCCAACCACCACCUCAACAGCAAGUGCCACCCCAGAAGACACCAUUCCAACAGCCACAGCAACCACAACAACCACCACAGCCAGUUGACCAGAGGCCGCCUCAAUUCCAAGUCACUCAGCAGGAUUACGCCAAAUACUCUAACGAUGCAUUGACGUUACUUAAUCGUUUGCAACAACAAAAACAAAUUGCCGGCCAACUUGAUGCCAAUAUGAAGGAAACUUUCAUUAGGAAGUAUAUCCUUCACCAAAAGAACCAGCUUUGGAAACAGCAGAUUGCAGCUCAAAGUGGUGCAACUGGAUUAGGCAUACAAAAUGUUCAACCACAAGCACAAAAUAUUCCACAACAGCCUCGACCACAAAUUCCUCAAAAUGCACCUUUGCCGAUGCAGCAGAGUGGUGGAGCCAAUCAGCUGGGAAAGACAAUCCCAAUACAGCAACAAUCACUGCCCAUGAUUGGCACUUCAAACACUCCGCUCAUGAAACCCAAUGCUCCUGCACAGAAAAAUCUUUCAUCCCCCUUAAUAAAUCAGAGAGAUACAGUUAUGACUGAGCCAACUGUUCCUCCUAGCAGAGCAGCCCCGGGUGGUCCAAAUGCCGGUUUAUCUUCAUUACUUCCCCCUUUGACGGAUGAGGCAAAGCUCCGUCUUAGACAGUUGGUUGAAGAAGUUUCAAGAAACAAUGUACUAUUGAGGGAUGUGACGACCUUGCUUUCACCAAAGGAUAAAGGUGCUGUAAGGGAUGCCAUGAAUCGAAUUCAAGAGCUGUAUGGAAAUGUCGACUCGAUAAUAAGUUAUUUUUACUUGUUUACUAAAAAUGUGGAAGGGACGAAAAGGCUUAUUCAAAUGAAGUACAUGACAAAGAACAUAUUAGACAACUUGAAGCGAGGAGUUUAUUUGGCAGGUCCCGACUUGCUAGAAAAGUUGAGAAACCAGUACGCCAAGUAUUUCGAUUACGUCAAGGAGCAAAUCAGCCACCGUAGGCAGCAAAUGGCUGCCUCUGCAAACACUGGAAUACCUCCAACACAGCCUAUGCCAGCUCAGCAGCAGCCAAUUCAGUCACAGCAACCACCACCACAAGCACAGCUGCAACUACAAGGCGCCCAGUCGAUGAUGCAAGGUGCGUCAGGGGCAAUCGACCAAAUGUUUGCCAACCCUAACGUGCAAGCUUCUCCACACUUGUUUGCUCCAGGUGUCAAUCAGUCUCCACAUCAGCUUUCACAAAGUCUUCCUCCUCAAAUAGCUCAGCAACAAGGCUUUGCAAACCAAGGCAUGCCUGGGUUCCCAAUUGGCAGACAGCCUUCUCAGCUGUCAAUGCAAAUGAAUCAGAACUGGGGCAAUGUUGCCAACGAACGGGUACCAAACAAUUUGCAACAGCAAGUACCACCACCAACUCAACAACAGGGACAACAAGUGGCUCCGCAACAACGCAACUCAGUACUGCAGACCAAACCAAAGAAGGCACCCCCUAAAAAGAAGCGUAACAGUACUGUUACUGCUGCUACACCCAAUGCCAUAGCAUCGUCGAUUAAAACGCCUCACAAUGUUGGCACGCCGCAGAUUCAAAAUUCAUUGCAAUCUCCCCAAAUUAAAAACACACCAGCCCCAUCCGCUCCUACGCCAAAGCCCAAUGCUCCUGCUAGUGCUCCUGCUCCUACCAGUGCUCCUUCUUCUACAGGCCCAACUUCUGCAGGUGGCACAACACCGCUUACACACUCCACUCCUGAGAUUGAUAUUUUCUCAAUGUCAAAUGAUCUGGUCAAGCGUAGAGAGCUUUCGGUAACCGAUCCUAAGCAAUUCUUUGUCGAGUCCAUGAGAAAGCUUCUUGAGUUGGAUGAGCCAAACAAGGAACUGUACGUCAAUCCUUCGGCAACUCUUUGUGCUAUUGCUACUAGUUUUAGACAAGUUCAAGAAAUUGAUGAAAUAUGCGAAAACGUUUUUUAG